UGUCAUUCUCUCCCUCUCCGUCUGUCUCUCUCUCUCUUCGGUCUAACCCGCCGUCGUUCCUCCACCAGGGCAGUGAUGCGGCUGAGUCCCGGUGAAGCGGCUCCGGUGUCGGUCAGCAGGUCGGUGUAGCGGUGGUUCCGGUUCUCCGUGUUUCCUGUCCUCCCGUUUGUUCCCGGAGCGGCAGCGGAUGGUGUCGCCUCCUGACGCCGGGACAUCAGACGCAGAGGCCGGCGGCAGGGAGCGCUAGCUGGCUACAGUGCUCCGUGCGGGAUUUUACCGGGACAUUUCUGGAUAUUUGGGCCGGUUCUGGGGCGUCCGGAGCGGGUUUUGUUGACCCAGCAGGCUUCGCUGGGUUCUUGAUGCCCCGGAGGCCCCGAGGAGGAGGUCGGACUGCGGAGCCCAGGAGCAGGGCUCGGACACCGGGGAAAUAGAGGAGUUUAGAAUCUGAAGCUGCUUCUCUGAGGGUCUCUCUGGACGGUUUCCUUCCACCGCUGACACCAAACAGAAAAUCAGUUGGUCUGGAUUUACCUGCAGUGAAGAAGAGCCAGUUUCAUCUGAACACAGUCAGGAUGUGGAGCAACGAUCAGCUAUAGCGUCUGGAAGCAGUCCCAGGAGCCUGUCUGUCUGCCUGUCUGUCUAAUCGGACCCUGGCUCCGCCCACCAUGAACCCUCUGAACCAGAUGAAGGCUGGAUUGGCCAACAACCCUCACAGCGACGGUUCGUAUCCCUACGAUCCCUCCAGCUGGCAGCAGCCGACCAAUCAGCCCACAGGAUCACUCUCCGUGGUAACCACCGUGUGGGGAUUGACCAAUCCCUCAGCCAGCCAGGGUCUGGGUGGAGGGGUGAUGGGGCCGGGGGCCAACCCAGGUGGGGGGCCCAUGAUGCAGGGUCCUGGAGGUCCGGGUCUGGCCGGAGGUCCUGGAGGCUACCUGGGCCAGCAGGGCUACGGAGAGCCCAGCAAAAGCUACAUGAACCAGGGCAUGUACGGCCGGUCGACGGGGGGCUACGCUGGAGGACCAGGGGGCUACCAGGGCAGCUACCCGUCUAACCCCGGAGGCUCCAGAGGCUCCGCUGACUUCACUCAGGCCGCUGCAGCCGCCGCCGUCGCUGCCGCCGCUGCCACGGCAACCGCCACCGCCACGGCAACCGUCGCCGCCAUCCAGGAGAAACAGAACCAGGAGAUGAACUACGGACAGAUAGGGGGUGCGGCCUACAACAACCAGUUCAUGGCCCACAGUGGCCCCCGCGGCCCCCCAGGCAUGGCUCCAGGAGGUAUGGGUCCCGGUCCGGGGCCCAGCAGGGGGCCGCCCUCCAUGGGCCCCAUGUACGGGUCUGGAGGGGGUCCACAGAGGGUCCCCCAGCCCCCAAACUAUGGCCCCGGACCUCAGCAGGGACACCUGAGACCCCCUCAGGGUCUGAAACGUCCCUACAAUUCUGAGUCCUUCCCUGGAAUGUCUCAGCAGUACGGCAUUCCGGUCGGGUCCAACGUCAUGUCUGGUCCUGGAGGAGCCGGUGGAUCCAUGCCAGGUUCAGCAGUAGGGGGCCAUGCCGGACCGGGACCUUAUUCUGGACCCAACAUGCAGUACCACCCAGGUCCAGGUGGUCCAGGCUCCGUCCCCCAGCGCUCUGGCUCCUCCCCUUCCUAUCAGAGCCACAAGAUGCCCCUCCCACAGUACCCCUCCUCCGGACCCCCCAACUCCCAGUACUACAAGCAGGACCAGUUUAAUGGUCAGGGUGGAGGUUUAAACACUUUGACCACAGGGGGCGCCACUGGAGUCUACAACUCCUUCAACCAGCCGUCUGGGCCGGGGCGAGGGUUGCCAGGUUACCCCUCCUCUCCUGUUCCUGGAAACCCCACCCCUCCCAUCACCCCCAGCAGCUCCAUGGCGCCGCCCUACAUGUCGCCAGGCAACGGUGACGUCAAGCCGCCGCCCUCGUCUUUCCUGCCUGACAUCAAACCCAACAUGGCCAGCCUGGCCCCGCCCCCACCCACAGGUAACCCUAGCGACGACCUGCGGCUGACCUUCCCGGUGAGAGACGGUGUGGUCCUAGAGCCCUUCAGAUUAGAGCACAACCUGGCCGUCAGCAACCACGUCUUCCAGCUGCGAGACUCCGUCUACAAAACACUCAUCUUGAGACCCGACCUGGAGCUGCAGUUUAAGUGUUACCACCACGAGGACCGGCAGAUGAACACCAACUGGCCGGCCUCCGUCCAGGUGAGCGUCAACGCGACUCCUCUCACCAUCGAGAGAGGCGACAACAAAACCUCCCAUAAGCCUUUGUACCUGAAGCAGGUGUGUCAGCCGGGAAGAAACACCAUCCAGAUCACCGUCACGGCCUGCUGCUGCUCUCACUUGUUCGUCCUCCAGCUGGUUCAUCGUCCGUCGGUUCGAUCCGUUCUUCAGGGUUUGAUGAAGAAGAGGCUGCUGCCUGCAGAGCACUGUGUCACCAAGAUAAAGAGGAACUUCAGCAGCGGCUCCAUCCCUGGGACCCCCGGGUUAAACGGAGAGGACGGAGUGGAGCAGACGGCCAUCAGAGUCUCCCUCAAGUGUCCAAUCACGUUCCGCCGCAUCCAGCUGCCAGCCAGAGGACACGACUGUCGACACGUCCAGUGCUUUGAUCUGGAGUCGUAUCUGCAGCUGAACUGUGAGAGAGGAACCUGGAGGUGUCCCGUCUGCAAUAAAACGGCUCUUCUGGAGGGUCUGGAGGUGGACCAGUACAUGCUGGGGAUCCUCAUCUACGUCCAGAACUCUGAGUACGAGGAGAUCACCAUCGAUCCGGUCUGCAGCUGGAAGCCGGUUCCGGUGAAGCCAGACCUCCAUGUCAAGGAAGAGUCGGACGGUCCGGUUCUGAAGCGCUGCCGGACCCUCAGCCCGAGUCACAUGGUUCUGCCCAGCGUCAUGGAGAUGAUUGCGUCGCUAGGCCCGGCCCCCCCAUCCUCAGGCCCCUCCUCCUCCCCCAUGCCCUACCCCCCCCUCCCUGCAGGGGGUGGCACCAGCAGCAGCACACCGGACUACUCGGGUCCAGCUCCGUCCUAUCCUGCUCAGUCUGCCGGGUUCUCAGACUUCGGUGGUCCCGGUACUCCAGGUGUUGGGGGGGACUUCUCCUCCCCCGGUCCUCCCCCCCUGUCCUACCAGUCGGAGCUCUCCAGCGCCCUCCUCACCCCCGACAAGCCCCCCCCCCACCCGCUGGCCGUCCAGAUGUCCGUCUCCGGCCGCCUGGACUCCGCCUCCCAUGGUGCUCCUCUCUCCCAGCAGCAGUCCCAGGGUCUCCAUGGCAACCCCCAGCUCGGGAACCAGAUGAUGCAGCGUAGCAACCAGAAUCCCCGUCUCCAAGGCGACGGCUCCUUCGGCCUGGGCGGGUCUGCAGAGGUUCCAGAACCUUCUCUGGACCUGCUUCCAGAGUUGACCAAUCCAGAUGAGCUGCUGUCCUACCUCGGACCUCCAGACCUCCCUAACAACAACAACGACGACCUGCUGUCGCUGUUCGAGAACAACUGAACGGAACCGGAACCUGCAGCAGGAUGUAGAGCAGAGACUUUACUGUAAAAUACUUUGUCUCGCAGCGAAAACAAGAAAAGGACUUUGAAUCUGAGAACUCUUUGAUGUGUUGAACUCGAUGGUGACUUUAUUUUAUUGUUUUUUAUUCUCUGUAUUUCGAUGCUUCAUCCUUCAUUCCAUCGCUGCUGUUGAACCUCAGACCUACAGGAGGGAAACACGAGCCAGAACCUCUGGUCCAGAUGUUAGUGUGACAUUCUACAGGUGGAGAUGAGCUUUAAAGGAGCUUCUGUUCCUACACACACGUUAGAAUCGUGUGAACUUUGAGGCUUUGAGGGUCCAGAGAAGAUCAGAACCUAAAGAGAACCUGGUUUAAACUAAGCCACAGAGAGAAACCGGAACUUUCAGCAGCUUUUUAAACUCAGAACUUUCAUAUUCAUGGAUCUGUGGUCAGAUAAACGUCUUAGAGGUGGACCAACCUCAACCAUCAACAUCUGCAGGAAACAUGGGUUUAGUUUAAGCCAGAUAUCUCAGAUCAUCAGCUGGUUCUGGUUUCAUUAAUCCAGAUGCUGGAGAUUUUCUGUAAUCUGAACAUCUGGAGACCAUCAGAGGAUGAACUGAUCGAUCCGUCGCUUCAGAGUUUAGUUCUUCAGAAAAGUCUUCGUUUUAGUUCUAUGGAGAAUUCCAUGUUUCAGCCGGGAACCUGAUGUUCUUCAGAAGCUCCUCAGAGAAUGUUCUAAUGUUCAGAGAACGUUCUCAGGGUGUUUCUCCGUUCAGAUCAGGUUACUCUGAGGUUCAGGUUCUGUGAUGAGAACUGAAUAACGUUCUCAAACCAGAACGUUUCUGUAACAUGACAUUAACAAACAUAGAACGUUUUCCUACAGUGUUCUGAGGAUGUUCUGAGGAUGUUGUAGAACAUUCUUAUACAAAACAUUCAAUGUGACAUUCAGCAGAUGUUUUAAGAACAUUUUUUUUAACAUGCUGGGAACAUUACUAGAACCUUGCAGAACCUUCUUUGAACAUUUUUAGAACCAAAGAAAAGUCGAUGUGAUCUUCUGAACUUCACCACCAACGUAAAGUUCUUCAUGUGUUCUGAGAGAACAAACCUCCGUGGUUCUGGUUCCUGCUCUGCUGGAGUUCCAUCCAGUAAAUGUUGGUUCUGGUCUCUGAGUUCAGGUGAAGCUGUUGGAUCUCCAGCGGAACCAAACCGACUGCGUUCCUCAGUGACGGUUCGUCAGGUUGACGAGGUUCUAAACCAGCCUCAAGGCUCCUGCAGAAACUGUCCAGAAAAUGGAACCUUGACCAAACCCAGAGUUAACGUCUUAAAAAACCAGAGGAACUCGUGGAUUCAGGUUCCUCUGGUUCUCCGGAAGGUUCCGGACGAUUGAUCAGGAGUGUUUUUCUGCACAUGUGGCUCAGUGAAAAUCACAUCUGGAUUUUCUCACGUUAACCGACAGGAAACGAGGCCAAAGCUGCUCAACGCUCGGCGUGUCCUGAACUGUCCUCCAGGUGGGUUCUGAACGUCAGCUGUCCUCAAGGAGCAGAGCCCAGGGUUCAUCUUCUUCCUGUCAUUCUGUAUGUUGUAAAGUGACUAGAGUCCAGACAGUUGUGGUGUCUCCGUGUCCCAGUGGCUUCUGGGAGCAGAUAAAAGUGUACAUGAUGAUUCAGUAACGAUGCUAAUAACAUAAAUAAUAACCUUUGUAAUUUAAUAAACACACACUGGAAAGAUA